AAAAUGACAGAAAGUGGCUGGUCCAGGCUCCGAAAAUGUUACAUUAUCUCCGAUAAGACUUGAAUUUUUUAAUAGAUAUUUACUGUGAGGUUGUAAUUCUUUACACAGUGUCCUCCAAGCUGGUGGAUUUUCUAAAAACAACUCUAUUUCACUCCCAACAAAAGAGUGCUCCUCUUUAUAAUCCAUAACAUUUGAUUUUGUUACUUUCUAUAAUAAUAAAGUAACCACACAAAUGUCUAAAUGGGCUUCAAAAAUAAACUUUUGCAACUACACAUAAGUACAUGUGUCUUUUCUACAUUAUGCCUGAUAGCCAUCAUUCAGUUCUUCGCUGCCUAUGGAAAAUACAAUUAUCCACAUCUAUCACAACACAUGCUAUUAGAGGAACUUCACAAAGAAGUAUCUCCACUUUUAACUUUAAAGAAAAAUAAACCAGUAUGUAACUAUGAACAAAUACUACAGGCCACAGAGAGCAUUGAAAAUUGGCAAGUACCAAAGAAAUAUGAUGACUUCUCAGCAAAUGGUAUUUCAAAUGGUAGUUAUUCACCUGAAGAUUGUAACCCAAUGUUCAGCGUAGCAAUACUAGUUACGUACAGGAAUAGACAAAGUCAGUUAAAUGUUUUUCUGCCAUACAUGCAUACUUUCUUGAGGAAACAAAAUAUUCAUUACAAGAUCUUCCUCAUCGAGCAACAAGACAACAAAAAAUGGAACAAGGGCAUGCUAUACAAUAUAGGCGCCAGACACGCCAUAGCCGAGCGGUUCCCCUGUCUGAUACUCCACGACGUGGACCUGCUGCCGCUGGGCGCUGCCAACUUGUACGCGUGCGCCAAACAGCCGCGCCACAUGAGCGCCUCCAUCGACAAGUUCCGGUACGUGCUGCCCUACGACACCAUCUCCGGGGGAGUCCUGGCCAUCACCUCGGAACAGUACAAACUCGUCAACGGCUUCUCCAACCAGUAUGAAGGGUGGGGGGGCGAGGAUGACGACUUCUCGUCUAGACUCGCGGCGCACGGCCUGCAGAUCAUGAGGUUCCCCCCCCGCGCGGCCCGCUACACCAUGCUGCCGCACCGGCCCGAGGCGCGCAACCCCGCGCGCGCCGCGCUCCUCACGCACGCAGUCGCGCGCGCGCGCUCCGACGGGAUGCACGCGCUCGCCCGCGCGAGCGUGCGCGUCGCGCCGCAGCGGCUCUUCACGCAGGUCGCCGUCCGAUUAUGAUACGAAUCCGACGCCCCGCACGAUACUGCUGUGUCUUGUAUUAAUGUCGCUGUCCUGUUCCCGGUGAAGAUGAUACUUUUCUCCACUAUUUUCAUUCGUAUUGACCGUAUUUUUUUUUUUGUUAUCUAAUGAAAUGUUCAUGUAAAUCUUUUGCGAUAUGCUCUUCUAUGAUAUUUUAAUGUUCCGAACCGUAGAUUUAAAACAGGCACAUAUUUAUCUAAAUUAAAAGGUGGUUUGAAUUUUUGGUCACCGUCGCCGCAUCAGCGCCGUCUAUUGUAAUCGUGACAUUUCACCUUACGGUAGACCAAUAAAAGCAAAAUCUCUUGGAUGUGAUACGAAUUUUAUAAAUAAAAUUGAAUUUUCUUUAUAAAUAACGAAAGAUGUUUUGUAAAAUUUAUUUAUUUUUUCCAACAUUUAAAUGAAAUAAAAUGAAAAAUGUGAUUCUUUUUUAUCAAAUUUAUAUAUAGAUAGGUGUUAUAUAUGUGGGUACUUCGAGGGCUGCGUCUUGAACAACUGUCUAAAUGAAGUAGUACGUUACAACAAACCGUCAAUAUACAAACCUAGGAAUUAGUAAAUUCAACAUUCAAUAAAAAUCAACUACGCAUAAAAUGGACUGGACUUCGAUAUUCAGUUAAAUAAAUCAUAUUCGACCACUUUUAUCCUUAGUUGAAUGAUGGUCAGAAUCACAAGUCAGGUCUCGGGUUCGAUUCUCCACCCAAUUAU